AUGACGGGCGCAGUGGCGGCCUGGAUGCCGUUUGCCCGCGCGGCAGCUAUCGGCUGGAUGCCGGUUGCGAGCACCCCCAUGCCGGUGCCGCCGCGCGAACAGCCGCGCAAACAGAGCGGCCUCCUCGUGCUGAACGUGAGCGGCGCGAAGUUCCAGACGUGGCAGGACACGCUGGAGCGCUACCCGGACACCCCUGGAUCCACGGAGAGGGAGUUCUUCUUCCACCAGGACACCGAGGAGUACUUCUUCGACCGCGACCCGGACAUCUUCCGCCACAUCCUAAACUUCUACCGCACCGGGAAGCUGCACUACCCGCGGCAGGAGUGCAUCGCGGCGUACGACGAGGAGCUGUCGUUCUUCGGCAUCAUUCCGGAGAUCAUCGGGGACUGUUGCUACGAGGAGUACAAGGACCGGCGGCGGGAAAACCAGGAGCGGAUCCAGGACGACGAGGAGAUGGAGAGUGGGAAGGACCAGCUGGCGAUGGACCUGAACUACCGCGAGAAACUGUGGCACGCCUUCGAGAACCCCCACACCUCCACCAUGGCGCUGGUCUUCUACUAUGUCACCGGCUUCUUCAUCGCAGUGUCGGUGAUGGCUAACGUGGCGGAGACGGUACCGUGCGCCAGCGCCCACAGCCGCGUGAAGGAGGUGUCGUGCGGCGAGCGGUACGCACUGGCGUUCUUCUGCCUGGACACAGCGUGCGUGCUGAUCUUCACAGUGGAGUACCUGCUGCGCCUCCUGGUGGCACCGAGCCGCUGCAAGUUUGUGAAGAGCGUGAUGAGCGUGAUCGACGUGGUGGCCAUCAUGCCGUACUACAUCGGCCUGGUGAUGACGGACAACGAGGACGUGAGUGGCGCCUUCGUCACGCUGAGGGUCUUCAGGGUCUUCCGGAUCUUCAAGUUCUCGCGGCACUCGGCCGGGCUCCGGAUCCUGGGCUACACGCUGAAGAGCUGCGCCUCGGAGCUGGGCUUCCUGCUGUUCUCGCUCACUAUGGCCAUCAUUAUCUUCGCCACCGUCAUGUUCUAUGCCGAGAAGGGCUCCAGCGCCAGCAAGUUCACCAGCAUCCCAGCCGCCUUCUGGUACACCAUCGUCACCAUGACCACGCUGGGGUAUGGAGACAUGGUCCCAAAGACCAUCAUGGGGAAGAUCUUCGGCUCGGUCUGCUCUCUGAGCGGCGUGCUCGUCAUCGCGCUGCCGGUUCCCGUCAUCGUGUCCAACUUCAGCCGGAUCUACCACCAGAGCCAAAGGGCCGAGAAGAGGAGGGCUCAGAAGGCGUCGAAGGAAGCCGGUCAGGCUCUGGUCUGUAAGGCCAACCCACAGUUUGAUAUUCAUCACAACCACCUGCUGCACUGCCUGGAGAAGACCACAAACCACGAGUUUGUGGACGAGAAGUCGUACGAUAGCGACUGCAACGAGGUGACUCUGGUGAAGCAGAUUUCCCGCUCCUCCUCCUCCUCUUCCUCGCCUCACGGUUUCACUUCCUGCUGCACCCGCAAGAAGAGGAAGACCUUCAACGUGCCCAACUCUAAUAUGGCCGACGGCCUGCACGGUGGCCUGCAGGAGCUCAGCACCAUCCAGGUCAAAGAGUGGCCCUACUCCAACAGUCGCUCCAGCCGCUCCAGUCUGAAUGCUAAGUUCGAGGAGACGCUUCCUUUGAACUGUGAGGCGCCGUACAUCAACGCCGCCGCCAUCAGCCCGCCCACACGCAACAAUGACUCCUCCAACAUCGUAAGGGUGUCCGCGCUCUAGAACAACACCAUCCACCUGAAACAUGGAAAACACAGCACCCCCCGCAGGAGGAGGAGGGAACAGCAUCCAUGGCGCCAUGCUCGGAGGGCGGCGACUCACCCAGGAAACGACGAAAUAGCAAACUACAGGGAAACGUCUUUCAGCACACAGCUAACACCCUGCUAACACUCGCACACCUCGCUAACCUAGGGUGACCAGACGUCCUCUUUUGCCCGGACAUGUCCUCUUUUUAUGUCCUGUCCGGAGCGUCCGGGGGGGUUUUAUAAAUUCAUGAAAACGUCCGGUUUUCACAGUUUUUCAUGGGACCAUUAAGCGUGUACUUAAAUUGAAUGGCGCUUUGCACAGAAGUCUACUGUACUUAGACUUCCCCCCCAACAAUCGCAAGUGUCCUCUUUUUCGCCACCUCAAAUCUGGUCACCCUAGCUAACCUCGCCUCGGAUUGUUUCGUUUUUGUCUCAGAGGAAGGAUUUCUAUCCCAACAGUAAAGAAACACCACAGAAGAAGAAACGGUAGACGACUGAACUCUGUCUUACAAACCGCUACUAUUUUAACUUAAUUUAACGUCUCAGAAAGCCGAUGCUAACAAGAUUUAAACUCUUGAUGCAGUUUAGAGGAAUGGUUUGAUAUUUUGGGAACAACACCAGAGUGGAUGGGUGUAGCCUAGCUUAGCACAAAGACUGUAAGCUGGGGAAACUGCUAGCCUAGCUCCAUCUAAAGGGAAAGUAGCAGCACGUUGUAGCCUGUUAGCUAACUAGCUCCAGUUAGUUCUCCUCUAAUGAAAAUCAAGAGUUGUUCUUCGUUACGGCUCUCCAGAGGGCGUUGUUUUUUAUCUUAAAUUAAACUUCACUACCAAAAUUAGCAUUUUUUGCAACAUAACGGGGAAAAUGUUGAAAAGGGGAACUCUAAAUGUUCGUUAGCCAUCUUUACUUUAGACUUCAGUCCUUUUUCUGUUUAUAUUUAUUUCCCCACCCUGCAUCAUAACUCAAAACUGACUUAUUAGUUCAAAUUUCCUCCUGAUAUUUAUUUUAGAUUUUUUUGAGAGAUUAUUUUAUUCAACUUAAUUUCAUGGAAAUGUGUGCUACUUACCAUUCCACUGUUUCUACAUAUAUCCUACUUUACAAACAAGGUCUGGAUCAGGGCGACACAAGCAGCUGUCACAAGUUCUUCCCAAAACGUCAAGCUUCCCUUUAAUAGAAGGAGGAGGAGAAGGAGGGGCAGGAGCAGGAGAAGCAGGAGGUGCAGGAGGAGGAGAAGCUGGAGGAUGAGAAGCAGGAGGUG